AUGGAGGACACUAAGUUACAUUCUCUGAUAGAAUGGGGGAAACAGAAUGGAAUUCAAUUACCAGAUGGUGUUGAAUUUAUCCAUGUCAAGAAUAAGGGCUUUUGUUGUAUGACAACAAAGGAAAUAAGUAACCCUAUUGUCAAUGUGCCAUCCAAUCUGAUUAUUUCAAAAAGAUAUUUGGAUGAGGUUUUUCCAAAUUAUAAUGAGAAUGAUUCGAAUUCAUUCUUGAAGGUUUUGGUUGCUAGGAUGAGAUAUGCUGGUGAUGACGAUGAGGCAAUUAAGAAAAUUUCAGAAAAGUUUGAACCUUAUAUCAAGGCAUUGCCAUCUGUCGUCGAUUCACCGCUAGUGUGGAAUCCUACUGAGUUCAAAUUACUAGAUUCCACAAAUAUUGGUAACUCAAUAAGAGAAAAGUUAAAUAUCGUUUUUAAAGAAUGGUUUGAUACUAUUCAGAAAGUUGAAGGUAUUGAUAAAACAAAGAUAUUGUCUCAAUUAAGCUAUCAUGAAACAAUCGAGGAAUUAGAUUAUGAAGAAAUAUAUGAAAAAUUGAUACUGCCAAUUGAAACGUCUUCUGAUAUCCUUUGGUAUUCAUUCCCAGCGUUUCUUUGGUCUCAUUUAAUCUUUACCUCGAGAGCCUUUCCAGAAUAUAUUGUCAAUAAAACAUGCAAACAAAACUCUGUUAUUUUACUUCCUGUUUUAGAUUUGCUAAACCAUGAUUAUGAUUCAGUUGUUGAAUGGUCUUCAGAUAAUGGCGACUUUCAAUAUAAAAAUAUGAACACAAUCCCAGCAAAUACAGAAUUAACAAAUAACUACGGCAGAAAGGGUAACGAAGAGUUAUUGUCAGGAUAUGGUUUUGUAAUAGAAAAUAACAUCUAUGAUUCAGUUGCAUUGAAAAUAAAAUUACAGGAUACUUUGAUUACAAAGAUACUAAAAGAAGAACCAAUGUUACAGCUUCCAACCAUAUCGAAUUAUACUUGGUUUGCAUUUGAUUAUUCCAAUGGCAAUGAAAGCAAUAAUAAAGAAAUUGCAAAUGAUUUAUCGGAAUACAAAGAUGGUGUUCUCUUCUUUAUUAAUAAACAUACAGAUGCAAGUUUAAAUCCCCUUCUUAAUCUAUUUUCAUAUUUAUCAAUUCAUAAGGGAGAAACAUGGCAAGAUCUCAGACCACAAUUGGAAGGUUUACAGAAUCUAAGAAACGCAUUAGAACACAAAGUGAUAAAUAUGAAAGAUAUAGAACCAUCACAUUCCAAAUACGCGAUCAAGACAUAUAGACAGUAUUGUAGUGAAAUCUAUAAAACUAGUCAAUUAGAGAUUCUUAAGAGUUCAAUAUCUGAAUUAAAACAUAUAGAAAAAUCAUGGAUCUCAGAAAGUAAAAAUAAGUUAUUGACGAUGAAAAAGGUAAUGAAAAGUGACAAUAAAUUCAUAGAUGAUGAAAUUGCUAAUCUAUUUCCUGGCAAAAAUCAAGAGGAAGUUGUCAUUGAAAGUUCAUUUGACUUUUUUGUUCUUUGGAUUAUUUCCAAAUUACAGAACAACUCAUUUAUAGAGAAGCACAAAUGGAUUGAUGAGAUAUUAAAAAUUGAACAAUGUUUACCAAUAACAGAGGAUGCCAGAGAUUUCUUUUCAAUUAUUUUGUCAAAUACACCAAAUGUAAAAUUGGAAAAUGUAAACAUUGCCAUGAAUUUCGUUGAAUCUCAUUCUUUUACCAGAAUUUCAUCAGAUGAAACAAUGAUAGUAAACAAUAAUUAA